CCUGUAUAGCACCACAGCAGAUUUUCGCGCAGUUAAUUACGAAAAAGGUGCUUGUGCGACCGCAGGGUGGGAUUGUAGGGACUACAUGGUGAGCACAGACAGCAGUUUACUCAUUUCUACCUACAUACUUUGUAUGGCCGUGGAUGGUGUCAUCAAUAUCAAAAUGGCUGUCACGCACCAGUGCUGCCUCAGUGCUUGUAGUGUUCAUUAACCCUCUGUAGCUGACUAGCUGGUGCAAUAGGGAGAGUGAAAGUGAAAAUAUGAGAGUCUAUUAGGUGUCAAAGCAUUAAGGAAUGUUCAAGAAAGACUAGAGACCAGUGUUCACGGACAAAAGUGUGUGUGCGGUGGUAGUUGACGAAGGGUGGUACUGUAGAACCGUUCAUUCAGGAUAUCAAUGGCCGAGGUGGUCAAAUCCUAUAAAACCUUGGAGUAUUUUUCAUUGCCAGGUUGUUAUUUUCGUCUGCCCAGAGACCUGACAACAAGAGCAAAAGUAGGGAUUGUUCAAAUAGUUAAAACUCUUUGGAAUACCCAAGACUACACACCUGAGCUUGCACUUAAGCUUUUUAAGCCAGACAAGCCACUGCUGGCAUACCGAUCACAAAUAGGAGUCCAAAUUACAAUUGUACUUUUACAUUAGAAGCUACCAUAUGGCGGCGCCCAAACCCCAGACGGUGUGGUGUGCGGUGACAAACAUUCCCCGGUCUACGUGCAUUGCAAAGUCUCAAGCAUAGGACACCGGUUCCGCCUGACUAGAGUCAGGUAGACUUGUAUAUAGAGUGUAUAAUGUGUUGGUGUGGCUUUAUAAUAGACAGAAAGCCUGCUGGGUGACUCAAGUGCGUGUGAACUUUCGCAACCGAUGAAAGGUGAAUUCAUGGGUCGUACAUGACCUGUGUGGACGCACUAUCCAACACACCCAGCGAAGUGUGUGGAAGUAAACAAAAUCGCAUGUUUGCAACGUCACUCUUGUGCACGCGCUGGCCUGGACGGUCGGUGUUGGUGUCUGACCAGGGUGUUGGUGUCUGACCAGGGUGUACUCCUGUGGUGUGGAACUAUUCAGUGACUUCCACGACCUUCGUGGCGUCCACUGCAGAGGCCGCUGGACCCUGUCUGGGGACAUCGCCACAAGCUCAGUGUCGGGGUGUUAUCAGUGUUUGUGCUGUGUAUUCGCGGGGACGAUAUAGAUGACGAUGAUGAUGUCACCCACGUGUAGGUUGUGUAGUACUUCCUGGAUAUCAUCACUGACCCGCCUUCCGAUUGGGAGAAACUGUUGGGCGGGGAUAAAUGAGAGCAGUGAGCACAGCACACCGUGCCAGGUAUUUGAUAACCGUCAACACUUCUAUUCACAGGGUGGCUGAUGAACGCCCAGACCAUGCACCCCGUUGAAGUAUCAUGCUCUUUGGGUGUGGAAUAGCAUCGCUGUACUGAGAUAGUAAGUAACCGUACCUGCUGCACAAUCCAGGUACUAGCAGAGUGUCUUCUCGCCGUUGUAUUGGGUUUUGUGUGGGUUUAAACAUUCUACCUGUGGAGCUUCGUCUCUCCGGGCCCUGUCCAUUGCUGCAAGCUUGAAUAAUCUCAGCGAUGACAGAGGACGGCCACUGGUCAUCGUCGGUGGAGGACAAGUGUUGGAGUUUGUCAUGUGAAGUUCUUGGCCCGGCACAACGACUGACAGGACAGGGGCAGCCUCAGGCCCUCGCUGUCUCCUGGUGUCAGGGAUGAACGACUGUCCGGUGUGACUGUGUUGCACCAUCCGAGCCCUGAGUACACGCACCACAGCAACAGCAAAUAUUUAUAGUUACGUAGCAUAGAUGUGUUAUCAACUGCACAGGAUUUUAAAAUAUCAAACCUGGAGAUAAGACAAAAUAACAAAGUCUUUAAACAUGCUUGUUUGUGAGGACUGUCAGUAUCUACGCCGCCAAGGUGACCUGGGUAUUGACCAGCGCUGCGUGUGAUUUAUGUGCGCCACCCUGGGGUACUUCGAUCUUCGCUGAUAGGAGAUAGGCAGGACAUUUCAACAGACACUUUCUGCCAACGUGCCUCCGGAGGAUCGGUUUACCGUUAGGAAAAAAACAGGGUUAGUCAUGUAAUGAAAGUGAGAGUUGUCUGCCGCCACACUGUGUAUGAGUCAACAGCAGAGGCGACACCAUGCCCCGACUCCUUGUAUGCAGGCUGCGCCACGCACCGCUUGUGUUGUUGGUGUUGUGCUUGCUGGUGUUGCUGUUCACCUUCCAGUCAGAACCUCAUUUGGACUGACACAGAAAAGAGGUCAGCGUUUAAAGUCGACCUUCAUGCGACCAGUGAUAUGAGUGAUCAGCACCUGACGGAUGAACAGGUGGAAGACAGGUUCGCACUCCGAAGAGCGAUUCUGCAGCGCGCAUGCGCGCUGUAUGGCAACUCCUCUCUGUUCUCCGAUCACGAAGCCAAGUUCUUGCACGUGGAGUCACUCAACGUGUCUUUCUGUCCCAUCGCCAAGUGUAGCUCCACCACCUGGAAGGAGCUCUUCUCAACGAUGAGGAGUCGUCUGCCCGCUGCCCAGUCGCAGGUGGAGUGGAGCCAGCGUGUGGACGAGAUUCUCAUGUUCGUGUUUGUGCGCAACCCGUACUCACGACUACUGUCAGCAUACGUCGACAAACUGUUUUCUCCCAAUACCUUGUUCUGGGCGGCGACAGGCAGGUACAUCGUCUCCAACUUCCGCCAGAACGCUUCAGAGAAGAGCCGCGCAUGCGGACAUGACGUCACGUUCUCAGAGUUCAUCAAGUACUUCAUCCACGCGCAAACGACGGGCAAGCACCGUGACGGCCACUUCACUCCGGUCCACGACCAUUGCCACGUGUGUAAGUUCCCGUACAAGUACGUGGGCCACUUGGAGACCAUCAGCGACGACCUGCCCUACCUCCUCAAGGUGAUGAAGUCACCCGUCAACUACACCAAGAACUUUGUCAACGGCACCAUCACCAAUAACUCCGACAUGGUGCUGCGGGGCAUGCGUGCUGGCGUGCUCAAGUGCAUGUCGCUGGAGGAGGCAGGGAGGCGACUGUGGAAAAAGUGGCACAUUCGUGGCAUCAUCAGCAAAUCGCAGUUGUUUCCCCUCAGUGCGGCGCAGAUGACCAACAUGUCCGUGGACGACUUUGCACGUGCGGCCAUAGCGGCCAUAGCUACAUCUGCGGACAGGAAGGUGAGGCAGCGACAGAAGCUGGAGGCUCUACAGGAAGCUUUCUACACCGUGCCCAUCGAGGACAAGCUGGAAGUACAGAAGCUCCUCUUCCUCGACUUCCAGCUGUUCGGAUUCGACCCCUCGCCACCGGAAGUAUUUCCUUCGGCUCCGCUCAAGAAUCGCUCGGCGUUCAGUUACUUUUCGUUGUAUGACUAGAACCUUUCUGUCUUCUUCUCUACCUGCAUACUCUAUUUAUUUAUUUGUACGACUAGAACUCUUCUCUCUGUCUUGUUGAUCGACACACGCUAUUUAUUGUAUCUCCCUCCGUCGUUUACUUCGUCCAUGAUUAUUUUCCUUCUCUGUCUGUGACGAUCGCUUCUACCGGUGUCACCGUUUAUUUGUACGAUUGUGUCGUCUGUCGACUGUGUGUCAUCUAUUGACUGUGUGACAUGUAUCGACUGUGUGUCGUCUGUCGACUGUGUGACAUGUAUCGACUGUGUGUCGUCUGUCGACUGUGUGACAUGUAUCGACUGUGUGUCGUCUGUCGACUGUGUGACACUAUAUAAUAUUUGUCGAUUGUGUACCGAUAUAUCAAGUGUGUAAUUGUGUGCAUGGUGUUACUGUUAUUGCUGCCUACAGGUGGACGCACGCUUCUCUCAACAUUUGCUGUCCGCUAGCCUCACUUACUGACGUAUCAGUAUUGUACUAUACACGUGCUGACGUACUAGUAUUGUACUAUACACGUGCUGACGUAUCAGUAUACUAUUGUACACGUGCUGACGUACUAGUAUUGUACUAUACACGUGCUGACGUAUCAGUAUACUACUGUACACGUGCUGACGUACUAGUAUUGUACUAUACACGUGCUGACGUAUCAGUAUACUACUGUACACGUGCUGACGUACUAGUAUUGUACUAUACACGUGCUGACGUACUAGUAUUGUACUAUACACGUGCUGACGUACUAGUAUUGUACUAUACACGUGCUGACGUACUAGUAUUGUACUAUACACGUGCUGACGUACUAGUAUUGUACUAUACACGUGCUGACGUACUAGUAUUGUACUAUACACGUGCUGACGUACUAGUAUUGUACUAUACACGUGCUGACGUACUAGUAUUGUACU